UCAAAAAUCAAGGGGUGGGACUGCCUUUUUUUUUUUACACUUUCUUUCAUACUCAAGCACAAUGCCGAACGCAAGGAAAAAGAGGCAGGCAAAGAAUGAAGAUUUCAAGAAAACUCGACUGAAAGUCGGUAAAAAGAAGGCUGUCGCUGACAACUUCACUGACACUUCAUUCAAGUCCAAGACUAUUAGUCUACCAAAUCAGAGCAUUACUGAAGACAAAAGCAAUCUCUUGACGAAUUCUCGAAAUUUAACGUUAUCGACCUUGUUGUCACAAAUGCGACAUUACAGUGCGGGCACCCGUAAAGAGGCCAUACAACAGAUCCAAGACAUGUGCGAGAAGCACCCAGGUUUACUUUCAGCAUCACUAAACUCAAUUGUCAACGCAAGUUUGAAGAUCCUUGUUGAUGAAGAUCGAGAUGUACGCAAAGCUCUGUUACAAUUUCUAAAAAGCUCGUUCCCGGAAUUAGAAAAGACCGAAAUCGUACCAUUUUUGUCAUUGUUGACUAUCUACACCUGCUCAGCAAUCACUCACAUUUAUGAAGAUGUGAGGGCAGACGCCAUCAAGUUUAUGGAUUUGUGGAUUGAUUUAGCACCAGAGUUCAUCGUAUCAAGAUAUUGGGAUAAGGUAUUGGGAAACUAUAUCUCCUUGAUCGCCGUAGACUCCAAUGCAUCAAAUAUUUCAAAAGCCCAUGUUUCUGGUUUACCUAAUAUGACAUCAAACAUGACAAGCUCGUCAGUGAAGAAUGUAGCCUCCAAGAGUGGCCUUCAUUCUCACAAGGCUAAAGUUGAUGUCUUGUCUAGCAUUUAUAACCUUCUCAAUGCUGGCUUGUCUCGCGGCUCCAAUGACCCUUAUUGGUUCUUUGUUGAGUACUUGAGUGACGAGAGUGCUAAAAAGAGAUUUCGUCUGAAGUUUUUGAAUAAGCAAGAUGGUGGUGACAUGGAUCAAAUCACUUGGCAUGCAGAUGGAACGGUGAAUUAUAAACCAAGCGACCCCAAGGCGCAGUCAUUCGCGCCAACACUUACCAAUUCAGCCUAUGCUACUUCCUCGUUCUCUCAUCUGAAUUUAUUUGAAAGCACCGAUAUAAAUAGUGGGACGGGAAUCACUGCUAAAGAGCAAGGAAAAUCAAACACAUCAGAUGAGUCUGCCCCAGACAGCAAAUCAACUGCCAGCCGAGAAUAUGAUAACACUAAGUCAUUAAUUCAAAUUUUCCAACCUUCUCUACUAUCUGCAUGGCUAGAUACGGCCCCAUCUGUGUUCUCAGCAUCCGCACCGAUAACGUACACGCCAGCUUUACAAACCCUUCACCUUGUACUCAAAAUUAUGGCUGUACUUUGGAGAGCAUCACUAAACGACAAUAUUGGUGAAGACAUGACAAUUGGGUUUUUAAAUACUCAACUAGAAGUCAUUCUGAAACACUUUAUGACAUAUUUCCCAUACGGCCGAGAUAGUCUAGGACGACGAGAUCAAAAGGCUGAUGCAACCAUUCAAGAAAUGAAUAUCAUCAUUUGCGAAUUGACAUCACUGUUUUUAAUGGCUAUAAAAACCAUCCAGGCUAGAGAGAUGGCAACUUUCAAUACUUCAUCGUCCAAGCUGACUCAAGUAAAAGCAAGUGGCAAACGUAAACAACCUGUAACAGAAAAACCGCAAGCGCUAGCAUCCUGGACUGAUCAUGUUGUGGAUCAUGUCCUCGACUUACUAGGAAGAGAAAACCUUAAUCAGAAUGCCGCUAAGAAACCAAAAUUAACUGUCAUGCCUGAGGGUAUGACAACAGCCACAAGUGACUUUAGAGCAGAUCAGCUGCAGGCGUUACUUCCAAGCAUUUGGGGUUUGCUCAACAGCUUACCAACUGACGAGCAAACUGAACUAUUCGAAGCCUUUUUAGCCUAUUAUAAUCGACUUGGGGCGAACUCGCAAUCUAAACAUAUUGCAUUAGGAUUUUUGUCCAGGGUGUAUAUGAUUCAAUUUGAGCCCCAAUACAAUGGCAAUUUCACUGUUCGUCACAACGCCAUAUUUACCGAAAAGAUGCGCGUAUGGCUACUGACUUUACCGAAGUUGCUAUGGGAGAUCAGAUCUAAUAACUUGGAGACUACUGCAAAUAUUCUGGACUUGUUAUGUAGCGUGGCCAAACAUGGUGGGGAGAAGCUUUUUGGACAACAGUUCUUCGUUUCUUUGCAAAUGUCGCUCAUUCCCUACUUUUUCGUCAAUUUGUCAACAAAAGGAGAAGUAUUUGGACCUUUCAUCUCCUUACCACAUCAGCAACAACGACAGGUUGUUGAAUUCCUUUACUACUCUAGCAACAUACCCGAAAAGCUGCUGACUGCCAUAAAUAGAUGCAGACAAGAUGAUAUACUCUCCUCAGAGACGCAAUGCUACUUCCAAGAAAUACUUCAUCUUUAAACAUGUAUGGCUCAAUCCCUUCAUCAAUUUCUAGUAUGUGUAGGAACAUCACAGCCAUGAGGUAGCUUGAGCCUACCUGAUUUUUGUACAUAAAGUUUUAAUAAAAAAUUUAGUGCACUAAUA